AUGGCAGGCACAAAAUCUGUCCUCGCUGCUGGUGUCAAACGGAAAAGGGACCCCAGCAAACCAGAGCGUCGCGAAUCCAAAGCAAAGAGCCGCAGAAAGUCACCAUCCAGCGAUGAUAGCGACGACGUCCAAACCGAUAUCGCGCUGCUUGAAGCCAAAAUUCUCGAGUCGCGAAAGCACUACAACAACAUUGCAACCCUUGUCCAAUUGGCCAGACAGCCAGAAGCCGCAAAUGAUGGAUCUAUAUUGGCUGCAGUUGCCCUCUGUCGCGUCUUCUCACGACUACUUGCGACGGGCGACAUGGCAAAGCCCAAGGGCAUGGGAGAAGCAGAGGCAGUCGUUGUUUCAUGGCUCAGGGAGAGAUAUCGCGAGUUCAUGGACGUUCUAUUGGACGACUUUCUCACCAGCAACCAGCCAUCCAAGCAGUCAGUGGCUCUGACUUUGGUUAUGAGGCUGGUAAAGGAAGAAUCCAAGGCGGAGAAAGAUUACAAGUUGAAGAAUGGAUGGCUACCCAAGCUGAUACAGAUCUUACUCUCACUACCUCUGGACGACCUCAACCGCGAUGAAUUCGUGGACAAGUAUUUCAAGCAGUUUGACGACAUUCGUUUCCAGACCUUCCAAACGAUCAAGUAA